AUGGCUGAUAUUCUUUCUCUUUCAUCUUUUCUCUUCUCAAUCACCAUCUACUUCCUCUCUUCCUCUCAAGAUCUCUUCUCCGUUAAUGGCCAAUUUAUCAACAAUUUCACUCAAUAUUCAGUUACACCAAUCAACUACGAUCUCUAUCACUCCAGUCGAAAAUUGAUGGAUGAGAUCAAGGACUUGGUUCAUCGUCAUCCGGAUAAGCUAUCUAUGGAGACAGUUAAAGCUGGAAACAAAGGCUAUGGUGCUGAGAUUGCAGUGGUUACUUAUUGUAAGGGAAAGAAAGAUACUGCCGAGAGGCCAAAGAUUCGGAUCCUUCUUAGUUUUGGACAGCAUGGAAGGGAGCUGAUUACCUCAGAACUUGCUUUAAAGAUUUUGUCUCUUCUUACUGAAGAACAAUUUCUACCCGGCUUGAAUAAAGCUUCCUUAAACAGUACACUCGACCAGCUUGUAAUAAAGGUGAUUCCUAUGGAAAACUUUAAUGGCCGCAAGCUUGUUGAGGCUGGAGAUCUCUGUGAGAGAAGAAACGGCAGAGGAGUUGAUCUCAACCGGAAUUGGAGUGUAGAUUGGGGCAAAAAGGAAAAGGAUUAUGAUCCCUAUGAGGAGAAUCCCGGAAUUGCUCCAUUUAGUGAGCCUGAAAGUCAAAUUAUGAGGAAACUUGCCAUAUCUUUUGAACCACAUAUAUGGGUCAAUGUGCACUCUGGAAUGAAGGCCCUUUUUAUGCCAUAUGAUCACAAAAAUACAACACCUGAUGGAUUGCCAUUGCAACGGAUGAAGGCGUUGCUUGAAGAAGUUAAUCAGCUUCAUUGCGAAAAGCGUUGUGUGAUUGGGUCUGGAGGCGGUUCUGUAGGGUAUUUUGCGCAUGGGACAGCAACCGAUUUCAUGUAUGACGUUGUGAGGGUUCCCUUGGCCUUCACCUUUGAGAUAUAUGGGGACGCAACUGCUGCAUCAAAUGACUGUUUUAAAAUGUUUAAUCCCACUGACCGUGAUAGCUACAAUACUGUUCUCGAGGACUGGUCUGCAGCUUUCUUUACGAUAUUUAAAUUGGGGCCACACCAGCUUGGUGAAAUCCAAUCAAAAGCAUCUGUGGUUAAGUUGGAUAAGUUAGUAUCAAUAGAUGAGUAUCUAGAUGGGUAUUUGAUGGAGAGAAGGAAUAGAUAUGGAAAAAAGAUGGAGGUACUUGAGCUUGGAAUGCAAGAAAUAAGAACAUAUUAUAGGCUCUUUUUACUAUCGUCAGUUUUACUUUUGUGCAUGUUCUGUUCUAGAAUUUCAAAAACUAAAACUAAGGGGAGUAGACCAAUUGUUUCUGCUAUUCCCCUUUAA